UUCAGGUGUCGCAGUGUCCCGUGUGGAGACAGAAAGGGCGAAGUUUCUCUGCACUGCAGCCUGGCCGCUGCUGCCGGAACCAGCAACACAACAAUGGCGACUCCCAGUCGGGACAGCAACUUCACCAGCAGCUCCACCAGCGGUUCCAGUAACACCGGAAACACCGUCGGAUCCACGUCGCACCAUUUUCACCCGCAGACUCAGAGCAGCAGCAUGCAAGAAACCAACACCUGCUGGAGAUGUCAGAACGAAACAGGGUUUCAGAUAAGCCUGUCUGGUGUUUCCCAAAGUAAACGUAAAGCUCUGAAGCUGAACUUUGCCAACCCUCCAGUGAAGCCGGCCUCCAGGCUACCCAUCAACCCCACACCCCCCUCCUUCCAGAACCCCCACAUAGAGCGUCUGCGGACGCACUCCAUCGAGUCGUCGGGGAAGCUGAAGAUUUCUCCGGAGCAGCACUGCGACUUCACGGCCGAGGACCUGAGAGACCUCGGGGAGAUCGGCCGGGGGGCGUACGGCUCCGUCAACAAGAUGGUCCACAAACCUACGGGACAGAUCAUGGCUGUCAAGAGGAUUCGCUCCACGGUGGACGAGAAGGAGCAGAAGCAGCUGCUGAUGGACCUCGACGUGGUGAUGAGGAGCAGCGACUGUCCCUACAUCGUCCAGUUCUACGGAGCACUCUUCAGAGAGGGCGACUGUUGGAUCUGCAUGGAGCUCAUGUCUACCUCAUUAGACAAAUUCUACAAAUAUGUAUAUUUUUCAUCAGAUGACGUCAUUCCAGAGGAAAUAUUAGGAAACAUCACAUUAGCGACGGUUAAAGCACUGAACCAUUUAAAAGAAAACUUGAAAAUAAUCCACAGAGACAUCAAACCUUCCAACAUUCUGAUGGACCGGCGAGGGAACAUAAAGCUGUGUGACUUCGGGAUCAGCGGUCAGCUCGUCGACUCCAUAGCAAAGACUAGAGACGCCGGCUGCAGGCCGUACAUGGCGCCGGAGAGGAUAGACCCGAGUGCGUCCCGUCAGGGCUACGACGUCCGCUCCGAUGUUUGGAGUUUGGGGAUCACGCUGUACGAGCUGGCCACAGGACGGUUCCCGUACCCGAAGUGGAACAGCGUCUUCGAUCAGCUGACUCAGGUGGUCAAAGGUGAACCGCCGCAGCUCAGCAACUCAGAGGAGCGACAGUUCUCCCCAAAGUUCAUCAACUUUGUGAACCUCUGCCUGACAAAGGAUGAAUCUAAAAGGCCAAAGUACCGAGAGCUUCUGAAACAUCCCUUCAUCAUGAUAUACGAGGAGCGCUUAGUGGACGUCGCCUCGUAUGUGGUUCGCAUCCUGGAUCAGAUCCCCGCCUCGCCCGUCUCCCCCAUGUACGUCGACUGAUGGAGAUCAGCUGGUGGUGGGGGGGGUUCAGGGGGGGUUCACUAAGCUUUGCGAAGCGACUCUCGCCAUGUUAGCCCCUCAGAGUAGUUUAAUCACGCGUUCCAAAGAAACAAAGGAACUCACAAACUGCAUCAGACAAACAUUACCAAAUAUUCCCCCUCCCGUCACGUCAUCAAAGUCAAACAUCAGCAUCCAUCUUCACCCCGAGAACACUUGAACACACGACUCUGUCUCAGGAGAACGCAAGGCGUCCUUCAUGUGAGCAGAAACAUUUCAUAAAUAAAUAUAUUUACUUGAAGAAGUCGAUGUUCACAAAGACAGAAUCUACCAAAUCAAAGGAACAAACAGAAACACACACAUGCACAUGCACAUGCACUAGUACACACACGCACACACACACACACACACACACACACACACACACACACACUGUUAAAGUUGAGUAUGCAAAGUGCUUCUUCUCCGUGAGAGCUCAUAGAUUUGGUCGCGUGGCUUUACUUUUUAUUUUUGUUUUUCUUCGAUAUGCAAUCUGUGAGCGUCAGUCUUCACUCACGUUUAAAGUUAGCUCCAGGUUGUGCUUUUUCUAUUUGACCUUGUCAUCAUGAGUUUCAGCCACAGAGAUAAAGAUCCAUGUGUCUUUAAAAACAAAGAUAGAGAUAGAGAGAGAGAGAGAGAGAGAGAGAGAAAUGACAUGUGGUGAAAGGAGCCAUGAUGUCAAACUGAAGUUGCCUGCUCACUAGGACCACAGCCACUAGGCCAUAAGGCUACAGACACCCCCCCCCUUUAAUAUCUUUAAAGAAGACUUCUGGCAGAUUGGAAGAUGUUUGUGGAGUUGCAUUAAGUUUUCAUGAAAUCCAAAUCCAAGGUUUAUUUUUAGGCUUUUUAUGCCUUUAUUUUAGAGAUUUAAGAGUGGACAGAAAUCUAAGAGAGAGCGAGAGAGAGAACGACACUCCACAGGGACGAGGGAACAUAGACACGCUCCCGUCUCUGUUGCCCAAAAAAUGUUGAGGAGAUAUUUUCCCUGUAGCUUUAACGUAAAUGUUUGAAACAUUUUAUCAAAUCUGCAAGCAGGGGGGAAAAUGAGACGCCCAAAGUUUUAUGAUUAUGCAUAUCCUGAAUUUUCUUUUGAAUCAUGCUAAACAUCUUUAUAUUCAUGACAUCACAAAAUCCUCCUGAUGUCCUAAGGUUAAACAUGAAAUGUUCUCGCCAAACUCCAUUAAAAAAAAACAAAAAAAACAAUCGAUUUAGACAUUGUUUGCUCGUCGUCUUGCAGAAAAAUGAUGACUUGUGUUGUCGUUAUUUCAGCAACUUUAAACGGUUUAUUCUAAUUUAAUGAGAAGAUUAUUAUGUUUGAAUUGUGUUCCUGAGAAUGGAUGGGUUUUUUAGCUUAUGACACAAAUAUAGUGAUGGCACAUUAAAGGCACAAACUGGGGCUAACACGAUGCUACAUUGAUGUAAAGUAACUUUUGAUGUAAAUGUGUUUGUAUAUAGAACUUCUAAUCCGGCAGUUUCUGCUCGAGCGUUACGGCUCAUUUUCAAACUCAGAGCAUCAAAUUAAAACAUCAGGAGUGUUUGAGAAUGAGCGGAGGAAGAUUUUAAUUUGUGCAUUUUGAGAAAAAAGUUUUUACCUAAAACGAGGAAGAACUUCUUGACAUUUCAGACUUUUUGUCUUGGCGCCGAUACUCACCCGUUUGUGUGGGCGCUGGCUGCAGAAUGAAACGUUUAUUCUGUUUGUUUUCAUUUUUAAAAAAAUGAGCCUUAAAGCUCCUCCGCAGCCUGUCCAAGAACUGUACAGUUAAACUCAUCCACACUGAUCACAGAUGCACCGUGCUGCCACACAGAGGCAAACAUAGGAACUACACUUUUUAAAAAAAGGUCCAGCUGAGGACUUCCUGUUGUUAAAAAUGUCACCUGUGAUGCUGCUAAACGACGUCUCGCCUGCGUCUGAAGAGGAGAACGAUCUCUCCUCGCGCGGUUUCCGCUCCCUGACCAUAAAGACCACCAUGACUCAGUAUGUUUCUUAAUGAUUCAGCAUGUUUCCAAUGACAAACCUCGUGUUGAUCCAGGGAUGCAUCUCCAUACUCUUCAGCAGGCAGCAAUGUGAGACUAUUGAUAUCCAUCCGAAGGGAUUCCCGCUCUGAAAGCUGAAAGUCUGACAUGCAGGAAAACAAACGACUUAAAGAUCAUUACUGAACCAAAGUGUACGCACUCAUGGUGUCCCCUGCAAACAAUGUAUUUUCUUGACAAAGUGGUCGUGACUGAACGCCGGUAGGUGGCGUCCAUCAGAGAAAUCCUGGUACUGAUCCAAGCUAACAGGUCAUUAAACUGAGACCUGGUCAAAUACCAGGAAGUUGCACGGAAACAAAAGUUGUCAUCCAGACACAGUGGAUGGAGACAUUGACCAACCUGUGUGAGUCAAGGUGACGUUUGAUUUCUUGCAUAUCUAGAAGAGCGGAUACUUCAGCGUUGUCUUUAACCAACGCAGAUAAACACAACGCUGAGGAUUGGUAAAACUAGCGUGGAAAAACAGGCACAAAUUCGCUCCCAUUUUUGUCUGAACGCAGCUCAAAACCAAAAGAAUGUUAAUCCUAAAGAGGUUAAAAAAACCUUUCAGACUUGUCAAAGCUCCUCCAAAAACACAGAGCAAUAAACAACUAUUCAGAGGCCAAAUGAUAACUUUAAAACGCUCAUGAAAAUCACAUUUUCAUCUUAGCUCAGUUUAAAACUCAACGCCACGGGCCUCUACAGAUGUCGGCCAUGUUGGAAAAUGGUCCCUAUUGUCUGGGAGUUUGGGGUCUUUUAUUACAAACUUUUAGAAGACUUGUGGCUCUUUUAGGAGGGGAUAAAACCAAACAUAAAUGUCGGAGGAGCUGCAGUGUAGACCAGACAUGUUUCUCUCUUUAUAUCCACGAGAGCGAGUGGCGUCCGUUCCGUUCUUAACGCUUCUAUCCGUCACGUGAAAUGGUGCAAACACACUGAAGACACGACACAUCUGUUCUUCACUUUCGGGCUACACAGGAAGCCGACUUACCGCCGGUAAUCUGAAUCUCCGGGGUACAUGUUGUAAAAAUUUCAAUUUACUAGAAUGUUCAUAUUAGAUUCUAAGAUAAUAUUGAGGUGAAUAUUAUAUUGUAUCUUUAUGAAGGGUUACCAAUAAAGUUCCCGUGGAAAAGAAGAAACAGCUGUUAUUGUGUGAUUCUUCAAUAAAAAAAAUCAAACUGCA